GCGGCGCGAGGCGGGGCGCGCGCGGGGCGGGGGGGUCCUCGUCGGCGCGGGGAAAAAAACGCGCCAAGUUCGCUGACGGUGUCCCCGCGGUCUCCAUGGCAACGGCGAGCGGGAGCGGGGCCGGCAUGUAGCGGUGUGAGCGCCCCGGCCGCGCCCCGCAGGAACCAUGCCCGGCGUCCUGCCCGGCGACAGCGCCAGGGCCAGCCCCUCCAAGAAGAACAGGCUGUCGCUGAAGCUCUUUCAGAAGAAGGAGGCGAAGCGGGUGCUGGAUUUCAUCGAGGCGCAGGAAAAUGAGCCGAAGGGCGCGGAGUUCCGAGGCGCCGAGAUUGACCAGGUGGUUCCUGCAGCACAGCCCCCCUCCCUUGUCAGCUGUGAGAAAAAAGACAACAUGCUGCCUUUUGUGGGCCUGAACAACCUGGGCAACACCUGCUACCUGAACAGUGUCCUGCAGGUAUUAUACUUUUGUCCUGGUUUUAAAACUGGAGUAAAACAUUUAUAUAACAUCAUUUCAAAGAAGAGAGAGUCUUCAAAGGAUGAAGGAGAGCAAAAGGCAGAAAAGGGAAGCUGUAAAGAAGAUCCCUUGGCAAGUUACGAGCUCAUCUGCAGUUUGCACUCCUUGAUCCUUUCAGUUGAGCAGCUUCAAGCCAGUUUUCUCCUGAACCCAGAGAAAUACACGGAUGAAUUGGCCACUCAGCCCCGGAGGCUGCUGAACACCCUCAGAGAGCUGAACCCCAUGUAUGAAGGGUACCUGCAGCACGAUGCCCAGGAGGUCCUGCAGUGUAUCCUGGGCAACAUCCAGGAAACCUGCCAGCUGCUGAAGAAGGAAGAGCUGAACAAACUGCCUGUGGAAGAGCCUGCAGUUAAACUGGAGGAGAAACCCAGCCCAAACUCUGAGAGCAAUGGGUCUGUGAGCCCUGCUGAGGAGGAGGAUCCCAGCCCGGGCGGCCACGGUGGAGACGCGGCCAAGGAGAAGCUGCUCAAGGGAAACGGGAAGAGGAAAAGCGACACCGAGGGCGGCAACGCCAAGAAAAAAUCCAAAGUAUCAAAAGAGCAAAUUGCAGCAGAAGAAAAUCAAAGACAAACCAGGUCCAAGAGGAAAGCCACGGGAGAAAAGGUGGAAAACCAAAUGGAUGCCAUUGCCAAGUGUUCCGGGGAGAGCGAGAGCGCCAAGCCCACGCAGAAAAAGUCGCGCCUUAGGUUAAACUGGUUAAAAUCUUCCUGCAAACAGCCCAGUAUUCUGUCCAAAUUUUACAGUCUGGGAAAGUUAACUACAAACUUGGGAUCCAAAGAGCCAGGGAAGGAAUAUGACUGUGAGUUCGAAGAGUCAGCUGUCAAGUGUGAAAAUGGUGACAGUAAAGAAGAAUAUCAUGAACCAGCAUCUCCGGUGGAAAGCCAUCAUGGAAAAGGAACUGAAAAAGAACCAAAAAAGGAAGGUACAGAGCUGGCUGUCUUCGAGCUGGUGGAGAAACUCUUCCAGGGCCAGUUAGUGCUGAGGACCAGGUGCUUGGAGUGCGAGUGCUUCACGGAAAGGAGGGAGGAUUUUCAGGACAUCAGUGUCCCAGUGCAAGAAGAUGAGCUUUCUAAAAGUGAAGAGAGUUCUGAAAUUUCACCAGAGCCAAAAACAGAAAUGAAGACUCUGAAAUGGGCAAUUUCCCAGUUUGCCUCCGUGGAGAGGAUUGUGGGAGAGGACAAAUAUUUCUGUGAGAACUGCCACCACUACACGGAAGCCGAGCGCAGCCUCUUGUUCGAUAAAAUGCCCGAAGUGAUCACAAUUCACUUGAAGUGCUUUGCUGCCAGUGGCUUGGAGUUUGACUGCUACGGGGGCCUGUCCAAGAUCAACACGCCGCUGCUGACGCCGCUCAGGCUGUCCCUGGAGGAGUGGAGCACGCGGCCCACCAACGACACCUACGGGCUCUUCGCCGUGGUCAUGCACAGCGGCAUCACCAUCAGCAGCGGCCACUACACGGCCUCGGUGAAGGUCACGGACCUGCAGAGCCUGGAGCUGGACAGGGGCAACUUCCUCCCCGAGCCGGGCUACGCCGCGCUCAAGCCGGAGCCGCUGACCGAGGAGGAGGCGCGGGCCAUGGCCGAGGACUACGACGACGGCGAGGUCUCCUUCAGGCUCAGCGGCGCCGCACCGCCGGGCAAGGUGCUCAGCAAGAAGAACGUGGAGGCCGUGGGGCUGCUCGGGGGGCAGAAGAGCAAGGCUGACUGUGAGCUGUGUGCCAGCAAACAGCCCAACCCCGAGAAGCUCCUGAGCGUGGCUCCCGAGCCGCGCGGCGAGCCCAGCGCCGAGCCCCGGGCGGAGCAGGGUGAGCCCCCGGCGCUGGCAGCCAACGGACUGGAGAACAAAGCUCUCUACGUGCUCCAGAGCCUCAAGGAGUACGAGGGCAAGUGGCUGCUCUUCGAUGAUUCCGAGGUGAAGGUCACAGAGGAAAAGGACUUUCUGAAUUCUCUUUCUCCGACAUCGUCAUCUACAUCGACUCCUUACCUACUGUUUUAUAAGAAAAUUGUAGAGUGAUGUGUACUUGGACUGUAAAUAUUUGGGAUUUGCAUACACCUCUGGCUCUGACUUGCAUCCAAACUACCUGGAAGCAACGGCUGUUUGUUUUUUGAAGCUACUGAUUCUUCAUCUUUCUGGUCUUUUUUUCCUUCGGUGUCAAGUGGCUCGACUUGAAUUAACAAAACGUGACAUAGGACUUGACUCACACCGUAACUUUUCUGCUGGAGAUAGUGCUCUGACCUUUUAGAAAUACCAGUUUGUAUAGAUUCUGAAUGAUGCCUACAGCACCCAGUAGUGGUUUUAAUGCAACUCUAGGUCUCAGACAUGCCUGUUGUAUUAUUAGCUUUUUUUUUUCCUUUUUUUUCUCUUUUUUUUUUUCUGGUUUUUCCCGUUUUCCCCCCCUUUUUUUGUUUUGUUUUUCUUGGUUUUUUUUUUUUUUUGUUUGUUUGUUUUUUUAAUAAAAGUUAUUUGUAUUCAUACCCUGGAGUAAAUGUAUAUUAACCAGCAAAUUUCAUCAGAAGUUGUGUAUUUUUGUAACUUGGGAAGUAACACUUCAUAUUUAGUCUUUGGGUAAUGGACAUGGUUUAUUCUCCUGCUCCCAUUCUUUCCUGCUCCACAAAGAAAAGUCUGGGAACCUUGUCCAGAGCAUUGGAGGGAACUGAAUUCAUGGAAUUGUUUGACUGGUCUAAUUUGCAUCUUGGUGCAUAGGUGUUAAUGAGCAAAGUGUAAAUAGGUGUGAUUAAUACUUCAAACCAAGGGCAGAGUGUAGUGUAAUUAAAAUAAUUUUGUACUUUGAAGAGUGAAGCCCUCAAAUCUGCAUCUCUGUUUGGGGUGGUUGGGAACUUAGUGGCGACCUUCUAACUGAAGUUAAUUUGUACCUGGAGCUCACUGAAACAUGGGGGGAAAGGAGAGCAUUUGCCUUUGAUGCUUUGUUAAGAAUGUACAUAAGAAAUAAAAAAGUUAUGAUCCGCA